GGGGAGCAGAGAAGUAAGUUCCUCUUGUGGAAACCGUGCUGCAAGUGAGACUGCAAGACGGCCUGGGCCCCUGUCGUCUAAAAAUACAGCUGCAAUUAAGAAGAAGAAUAACACUGUGUGGCUGAGGUAAUUAGGUACCUUACAUCAACGAGGAGAGGAAUGAGAAAGAAAAGGAAGCUGAAUUUGUCCGGCCUACUGACUAUGCCCCGGAGUCCCACGUCCAGUGAGGAUGAAAUGGCCCAGAGCUGUUCUGACUACUCCGAGGACUCUGCCUCUGACAGCUCCCAUGAGGAGACAAUCUAUGAGACCAUAAGAGCCACCGCCGAGCCAGCCCCAAGGCGCAUGGAUGACAUACACAUUCACUCCAUGGUCGUCCGCAUCCUUAUCCCGGACCUGCAGCAGACAAAAUGUAUGCGGUUCAACCCAAAUGCAACCGUGUGGGUGGCCAAGCAAAGGAUCAUGUGCACUCUGAGCCAGAGUCUGAAGGACGUGCUCAACUACGGCCUCUUCCAGCCUGCCAUGAAUGGACGAGAUGGGAAGUUCCUGGAUGAGGAACGCCUCUUCAUGGAAUACCCGCAGCCGAUCGGUACAGGGGUUCCAUCUCUAGAGUUCCGCUACAAGAGUCGAAUCUAUCGACUACCCCAUGUAAACGAGAAGCAAAUUGCCAAACUUCACACCAAGGCCAACCUGAGGAAGUUCAUGGACUACAUCCAGCACCAUCAGAUAGAGAAAGUGUCCAAGUUGCUGGAGAGAGGGCUGGACCCCAAUUACCAGGACACAGAGACUGGGGAGACCCCUCUGACAUUCGCGGCCCACUUGGAUAAUGUGGUGGAGAUUAUGAAGGUUCUGAAGAAUGGAGGGGCUCAUCUGGACUACAGGGCAAAAGACGGCAUGACGGCCCUGCACAAAGCUGCCAGGUCCAAGAACCAGGUUGCUAUGACGACCCUGUUGGAGCUAGGUGCUUCUACGGAUUAUAAGGACAGUCGAGGUCUGACAGCCCUCUACCACACAGCCAUGGUAGGAGGAGACCCUUUCUGCUGUGAAUUGCUUCUGCAUGAACACGCCAGCGUGUGCUGCCAGGAUGAGAACGGCUGGCAUGAAGUCCACCAGGCUUGCCGGAAUGGUCAUGUCCAACACCUGGAGCAUCUGCUAUUCUACGGGGCGGACAUGAGCGCACAGAAUGCCUCAGGGAACACAGCACUGCACAUCUGUGCUCUCUACAACCAGGAUAACUGUGCCAGAGUGCUGCUUGUCCGUGGAGCUGAUAAAGAAGUGAAGAACUACAACAGCCAGAGUCCCUUCCAGGUAGCCAUCAUUGCGGGGAACUUUGAACUUGCUGAACUGAUCAAGAACCACAAAGAGGCAGAUGUAGUGCCUUUCCGCGAGGCCCCGACAUACUCCAAGCGGCGUCGGGCCCCUGCCCCCACCAGCAGCAGCAGCAGCUCCCUGGUAGCCCCCAGGGUCCUGCUGCGCUCCAACAGUGACAACAACCUCACUGUGAACCAGGGCCCCUCCCUAGACUGGUCCCAGCCACAGGGACUGCACCGCGGACCCCAACACGCAGUGGUGGGAACCACCACUUCCCGCAGCCUUUCUCCACAGCUGCUCCAGCAGAUGCCCGGGAACCCCAAUGGCACGGUGAGGACCAUGGGCCGGGGGUCCCACAGUACCAGCGUGGGAAUGGUCCCCCGGAGUCGGUCCCCUUCCCUAAACCGCCUGGGAGAGGAGGCCCGCAGGCCUCAACUACAGACACACGGGCAACCGACGCUGCAGCACAGAGAGCCCAGUAAUGUGGAGGUGGCAGGGCAGCGGAGGAAGCUGUACAGCGCUGUGCCAGGGAGGCACUUUGUGGUGGUUCACCCAUACCUUCCACAGGCCGAGGGAGAGAUCACCUUGUACAAGAACGACAGAGUUAAAGUUCUGAGCAUUGGAGAGGGGGGUUACUGGGAAGGCAGUGCCCGCGGCCAGGUCGGCUGGUUUCCUGCAGAGUGCGUAGAGGAGAUUCCUGCCAAGCCUAGUGACGAGAGGAUGCACACCAGAGCUGACCGCUCGGACAGGAGAAAACUCUUCCGACACUACACUGUGGGGUCCUACGAUAGCUUUGAUGCCUCCAGCGACUGCGUGGUCGAGGAGAAGACGGUGGUCCUGACCAAGAAGGAGAAUGAGGGAUUCGGCUUCGUGCUGCGAGGGGCCAAAGCGGACACACCCAUUGAGGAGUUUACGCCCACACCUGCCUUCCCAGCACUCCAAUACCUAGAGUCUGUGGAUGAGGGAGGAGUGGCCUGGCAGGCGGGACUUCGGACAGGAGACUUCCUCAUUGAGGUGAACCAGGAGAAUGUGGUAAAGGUGGGCCAUAGGCAGGUGGUCAACAUGAUCCGUCAUGCAGGGAACAGCCUUGUCAUCAAAGUGGUGACAGUCAGCAGGAAUAUGGACCCUGAGGAUACCGCCCGCAAAAAAGCGCCCCCACCGCCAAAGAGAGCCCCUACCACCGCCCUGUCCAUGCGCUCCAAGUCUAUGACAUCUGAACUGGAAGAACUAGUGGAAGUCAGUAAAGCAACACUAAGGAGAAAGAAAGGUGAUGGUCAGAAGAAGAGGAUAUGUUUUCAAGUCACUCUAAAUAAAUUGGACGAGGUGUCACCUUCCCAGAAGGCCGCAGACACAAAGGUGGCAACCAUUAAGCCACGGCCAUCCAGUCGCUGUUUGGUCACACCUUCUGAUAUGAACUCCAUGUACGACCGCCAGGGUGUUGUGGCUGUGGAACCCCCCACUGUUCCAGGCAGUCCUAGAGGAGAGCCAUUCCUGGGCAUACCUGCUAAAGGUGGCACUAUGAGGAGACAGAAGUCCAUAGGUAUUACAGAAGAGGAGAAGACAUUCCUCACCCCUCCCCCGCUCAAGUUCACUCGCAGCCUCUCUAUGCCCGACACGUCAGAGGACAUCCCUCCUCCCCCGGACAUUUCCCCCCCAUCCCCCCCCUCUUCCUAUAACACUGCCUCCGUCACACCUACGCCACGGGGCUAUGGCACCACCCGACCGGGCCUCACCCUAAACCCGUCUGGAAAAUGUUCCAACGCCAACAACCUCAGCAGCCGCACAGACGUGGGGACAUUGCGGCGCGGUUAUCACCGACAGAGCUCAGAACAAUAUGACAGUAGAAGCCGAGGACGGGCACCUGUGCCUGAGAACCCGUACUCAGAGGUGGGCACCAAGGCGCUGUAUGUUCCCGCCAAGCCUGCGAGGAGAAAAGGCAUGUUGGUUAAGCAGCCCAAUGUGGAGGACAGCCCAGAGAAGACCUGCCUGCCGCCAACCUCGGGCGCACUGUCCAUGCCAACCACACCCACUGAGAGGACCUUCUCAUCCAUCCCCAUCCCCACCAUCAUUGUCAAGGAGCCAUCCACCAGCAGCAGCGGGAAGAGCAGCCAGGGUAGCAGUAUGGAGAUUGAGCCCACCACACCCGAACACCCGCCCUUAGCGCCCGGAUCAGGGGACAAGGAGCUGACGGCAGAAGACUCUAUGGUCAACAAUCCGUUUGCAGCUGCCAUUGCAGGGGCAGUGAGGGACCGAGAGAAGAGGCUGGAGGCUCGGAAGAACUCACCUGGCCUCCUCUCCACCGACCUGGGGGAUGAAGACUUAGAUGACCCCACCCCAGUCCCUCGCCUGCGACAAUCCAAGUCUAUCGACGAGGGGAUGUUCAGUGCAGACGAGCACAUGCGGAAGUCAAUGGCGCCCCCGCCAGCCGCCGCCCUGCUGCGGUCCCAAGGAGGGAGUGACAUUGGGGGCAACGUAACGGAUUUCAGCACCCCCGAACCAACCCAGGUGGUGAGGGAGCCCCUGACUGCACGUACCGGCACAUACCCCAACCUGGACAGUCCCAUCAGUCUCCCUGCCACCCCACCUAAGACCUGCAGCUCCAACGGAGCAGGGGGCUACUUGCACCCUGUCACAGGCAAAGCCCUGGACCCAAACUCGCCCCUUGCCCUAGCCCUGGCCGCCCGGGACAGAGCUAUGAAGGAACAAGCGCAGAUGAAAGUGCCGCAAGCCCCACCGCCUUCCCAACCUCAGCCGCCCCCAAAGAGCGAUGCCCCCCAGUCCCUCCCCCCGAAUUCCAAUAAACCUGGCCUCAACCAGCCACUCUUUAUUGACACAAAGCUUCGCUCUGGCAUUGAGGCAGGCUUCGCGUCCUCAACAACAACCCUGGGGAGAGGCAGAGGGAGAGGUUGGGGCAUGAAGCGACAGAUGACAGAGCAUAAGUAUGAGACGGACGGCACAGCAGAAGAGCGGCAACAGGUGGCAGACGACAGGAAGAGCACACCGGUUGACACCGCCGACAAUUCACAAACACAGCAGUCGGCUGGAUUGCUGAUGGUGCACACCAAAAACAGGCCUGAUGGGGAGGAGGGGGACGAAGAGAACACACCAAUCCAGGAUAACAACAUCCCCAGCGAACUAAGAGACCCCAACCAGCCAAACCCCCCCACCAACAGCCACAGUACCAAGCCCCUCCCCCCAGUGCCGCAGGGGAAAAGCAUCACAGCAACCGGGUCGGUGGACGAGAUAGUCAAGCUGCCCUUCCAUAUGCCCCCUCCCCCUCUGGCCUCUGUGGACAUCGAGGAGGUGGAGGAGUUUGUCUUUUCAGAGCCCCUGCCACCACCACUGGAGUUCGCCAACAGCAUAGACAUCCCAGAGGACCAGGCGACGGUAAUCGCAGAGCUGCUUAAGCAACGGGACCAAGACAGACGCAAUGGGACAGGGGCCAGAGAGCCGCACCCCCCCCCCUACAGCACCCUGCCCCACGUAAGCCAGUUCAGACAAGGGAGCGGGAUGUCCAACUGCGCUCUGCCCCCGUCCUACCCCCCUCCACCACCCGACAGCACCUUUGAACAAGGUGUCACCGACUCGGGCAUUGAGGAGGUGGACAGUCGGAGCAGUGGAGAUCCUCAUAUGGAGACCACCAGCACCGUUUCCACGGUUUCCAGCAUCUCAACGCUGUCGUCGGAGGGCGGGUGCGACAGCGCCCUGGAAAACACUUCCAUGGUCUACACUGAUGGCCAGGCUUACCUUGCCGACCGACCCCCUGUUCCUCCCAAGCCAAAAAACAAGCCAAUCAUCAAUAGGAACACUGCACUUUACCACGACGCCCUCAUGGAGGAAUCCCUGGAGUCUUUUGGGACACCCCCACCGGUCCCUCCUCCUCCACCCGGGUCUUUGUCUCCCCCAGACUUCCCUAGGACCCCCACUCAGCGGUCAUCCAAGCUUUGGGGGGAGCCCCCUGAGCUAAGGAGCCCCCCCACGCCUGACCCCAAAGCUACAGUUAUCAACGAGCUGAGCUCCAUCUUAUUGCAGAUGCAUCGGCCCAAACCAGGGGACUCCCUGGACUCGCCCGCCACAGGGUCCAGAGGUGGCUUUGGAACCAGCUCUGCAGCCUCAGGAAGCCAGCGAAACUCCGGCGUGUCCUUCGGCCUGCCCUCCUCCGCCUGCCUCCCCCCCACCAGCCUGCCCCCUCACCUCUGCAGCCCCCCGGACACAUCCUCACUUUCCCCGCCCCCCUGCCCUUCCUCUUUACCCCACUCUGCCUCGCCCAGCCUGAGCGACGUCUUCGGCCUGCCCACCCCGCCCAUGGGCAGCGGCAGUGUCAGCGCCUUUGGCAGCCUGGGUGGCAGCCUCGGUGGGGGGUCGUCAUGUGGCGGCUCGCGCUCCCCCUCUCCACUCACCCUAAUGCAGGCCGUGGCCGCCUCGGGCAAGCCCUUUGCCUCCAAGCCUGUGGAAAUGUGGAGUAAGCUGGACGUGGGUGACUGGUUGGACAGCCUGAACCUAUCCGAGCAUAAAGAAGCCUUCAUGGACAAUGAGAUCGAAGGCGCCCACCUGCCCUCACUGCAGAAGGAGGAUCUGAUUGACCUGGGAGUGACGCGGGUUGGCCACCGCAUGAACAUCGAGAGGGCCCUCAAAAUGCUGCAGGACAGAUAGGCCCAGGGGGAUUUAGCUGGGUCACCCACACUCUCCUACCAGUUCUCCAACUACUUCUGGGGCAGAGGGAUCCUGGGAGGCCAGGACCUUAACAAUCGUAAAAUAUUUUAUCUCAUAUUUUAGAUUUUGGCCUCUGACUAUUCCCUUUCUGCCUCCCCUAUGUGGCGUUAUUGUGUUUGGCGGUUCCCAUCCAUCUUCCUGAGUGUCCGGGGUUGUCAGAAUCUGGGAAGAACUAUCGAGAAUAGCCUGCAGGGAGGUGGCAUUCCUAAUUCCAGGAUGGAGAGAGUGAAAAAACUGCUUCAUCUUUUUACGGAUGCUCACGUCACAAAGACCACACUUUGGAAUACUCUUGAAACGUAGCCCUUAACCACUUAAAAAAUCUGGAAAAAGUCCACCCUGGACAUUUUUGGAAUACUUAAAAAAAAAAAUAGAACUACCAGUCGCUUUGGAAUACUCCAGACUUUUUCAAGCUGCCCCGUUGAGGGUGUAUGUAACCAGCUGAGCUGGUUAGCGCUUUUUUUCUAUCUUUGCUAGAGUUUCUUCAGAGAAUAUUUCUUCACUAGAGUUAAAAACGGGGGUUAUAUUUAUUGAUGCAUCUGACGUUGUAGAAAAAUGUGAAAAACGGAGACAAGUUUUUGCUUCUCACCUGUUUGUGUUGAAACAAGAACUGUUGCAGAAAUGUUUUGCUCAACCCUUAAUCAUAUCACACACAGAUCCAGCGAUGGCCUUCUUCUCCUAAGAGAGAGAAAUUUGUGGUGAUUUGUUGGUCACUCUGAUGCAUGGCUGGAGGGGCUCCACUGUAGCAGGCACCACUGUCCCCUUCACAUUCCAGUUCACUAUUGAAGGUGUGUGUGUGUGUUUUAUCAAAGACAUGUUUGCGAUGUGUGUGUGGGUGCUGUGGGAGGUUUGUCAAAUGUGUUUAAAGGAAAACUGGAGUGUGUGUGUACAUUUUGUUUAUGUCACAUCGUCUUCCGCACACUUGAGAGUGACCAGGACAGUGGAGUGGAAUGCCGCCCCAACUACCAACCAAACCAUUUCCCUUAAGAGCUAUUUCAGAAAUAAUCCACCCAUCACAACACAGGGAUCCAUUUUUUUGGACAUAGCAUCACCCUCGCUCUCCUCUUCCUACAGCUGUCUUUAAUCACUUCUACGGGGCGAUUCCUUUCACACAAAGAACAAUGGUUUUAUAUGGACUCUAGUGUCCACCGGGGGCGCAAGUGAGGGUUUUACCACAGUUGUUUUUUAUUCUCUAUGGUCGUGGUAAAAGGUUGAGACCAAACAGAUUUUACUUUGUGAUCUAGCUGUUUUAGCGUAGGCCACUUUGGUUGGCUGUGUGUUUUGUUUUUAGAUGGCUAGUCUAUACUGUUUAGUGCAGAGGCCAAGAAUACUUUAAAGAAUAGGAAUUCACUUAUGCUGCUACCCAGACACUCACAUAACCACUGAAGAGCUUUUUUUUGUAAUAUUUUGGAGCAUUUACAAAGUUUGCGUAUAAUCAGUGUUUGCAUCUUCACCAAAUCAAAAAACCUUGUUAUUAUCAAUAAUUUAUUUUAGAGGGGAAAAAAAGGUAUAACACAACAGCCCUGAAAGAGUGGUUAUUACUGUAUACAGGUUUGAUCCCUGUACAUCUAGUAAUGAGGAGAGUCCUUCAUAACACUUCUUAAGCCUGCAAGUAUAACCCUUUCAUUAGACUUCUCCAAAUUACUUAUGAAUGGUUAUAAAGUAUUAUUACUACAGGAUACUAUAUUUUAAUAACUGCUUUUUAUUCACACCAGUGAAGUUUUCACACCAGUCAGUAUUAGGACAAGCUUACUUCCAUCAGAACCCCCUAUCUGACAGCUCGUCAGUCGUUUCCAACCCCUUCCAUGAAACCUUAUGAGAACUGCUGUUUUGGUCAAUACCCAGAUAGUGUUUGGGGGUAUUGAUUUUAAGUAAAUUGAAUAUAUUUAUUAUUUUUAAUGUGUAUAAAAGAGUGAAUUUAAAGAAAAUAGUGUAUCUAUAGAAAUUAUAUGUAUAAUAUUUCUAAGAGGUUUAGAGAGAGAACAUUUCUAUGAAAGACUACAGACAUCGCAGCCACCCUCAGAACUUAAGUAUUUCCUUGCCUCUCCAUCUUUGUUUCCUCUUUGGAUAGUGCCUCAAAUAGCUCAUAAUUUCCUACAUGGUGGCCCGCUUCGGGCCUCUCUACCCUUCUGUUGUUGAACCAGUUUAGAAGUACCCCAGAAUGCAAGACAAGUGUUGAAGCUGUGUACUACCAAGAUGAACCAGCUAACAUAUGACUUUAUGGUUCCAUAAAAUGUUAUAUAUACAUUUAACCCUAUAAAAAACUCUAGUUAUUUGACAAUCUCUCAGUGACAAUUCUACAUAACUGGUAAUGUGGGAUAUGCCAAGAUAAAAAAUAAUGCGUUAAACAAUGACCAGCAGUAGUUCUGGUGUUUGGGUUUUUCGUCACUGGGUAGAUUUAGCCAGGAGUUAGCAUGUUGCAAAAAGGAGAGGGCACAUUUGGCCCAUGACUUGCGAGAGAGAGGGUAGAGCUCCUGGUUUUGAUUCUAGUCUUUCUGGAUCCCUCCUUUUAACAUGUAUAGACGCAAAACAUAUUUAAGCAGCUCACUUAUCAUUGGAGACUGUCAUUCUGGGUUAACAAGAUUAUUUGAGACAUGAAUGCCAUAAAUUCACAAAUGUUAAAUGAAAAUAACCAAUUUUGUUUGAUGUUUUAUGAUUUAGUAUCUCCUCUUGGAAAAAAUAAGCUACUAUAGUGUAAUUCCUUUCCCCUCUCUCUCCCUUUCUCUUUGUGCAAAUUGUCUUGACAGUGAAUGGAUGUCCAAAAGGGACGAUAAAAUAAGGAAUACCUAGCCGACAGAAAGAAACAACUUGCAAGAAUUAUAACGCUGCUAUAUAUAAUGAGACAACAGAGUGAUUUAAAGCACAGUAUUUUUAAUUAUUUGUAUAGAAUUAUAUGGAAUUUUAUAAGACAUUAAGAGAAAAAUGUUCAGUUAUUAAAUGUGUUGCCAAAAAGUUACAAAAAACUAAAUUGUAUAUAAAUAUUCAUGUUAUCAGAUUUAUGAGGUAACUAAGAAGCAAUAUUUAUGAUGAGUGGAUCUCCUUGGUUGUGAUUUUUCCCAGUUUAAGAUUAAUUAUCAUGAUAUAUUAUCACAUGUUGAUGUUACGAACACUAGGAUGUAUUGGAAAGACAUUUGUCCAGUUGAAAGAAAUGUAAUCCUCUGGCCAUCACCUGCCUAUCUUGAAUAUUGUAUUUUUUGAAGAUUCCAAUUGCUUACUCUGUGUAUAAUGUGUGUAUAAAUUACAGAAAUGGGGCACAUUGUAAAUGUAUGCAUAUCCUCACAAGCCACUGGAUUGAAAACUGUCCUGAUUACAUUUUUAGGAUGAACUUAAAUAGACUUUAAAAAAGAUAGUUGUGAUUGUUGACUUCAUGGAGAAAAAAGGACAUAUCACCAAGCUAAUUUGUAUGUGGAAUUGUAGAGCUGAGUAGUAGUAAGAUGCUAUACAGAUCAUCACCGUGUGACUAUAAGGUAAUGUUACAUAAGGACUCGCAUAGCUCAGUACCCCCACCCUCUUUCAUGUCACAGUCCUUCACCUAACAAUUGGCAACUUUUUUGAUACAUUUUUAUUUUCUAUCUUUGGUUGAUUAUUAUUUAUUUCAAAUUUGUUUUAUUCUACGUGGAGACCAAGAUGUUUCCAACUAUUUUGUGUAUAAUAACUUGUGUUCAUGUUCUCUUUGAUGUAAUUUUGUGCUACCAGAUCCUCUUAGAGUCAACUAUCUAAUUAUCAAAAUGAAAAAGAGAAGUUCCUUGUAACUACGCUCUUCCCCCUGAAAAUCCUCAAUAAUUCUUGUAUGGCAACCAAAACUUACUAUAAGAAAUAAAUAUAAUAUUGCACUACGGCGGUAUUAAUUGAA